UUCCGCCAUCAUUGUAAACAGCCUGGCUCGCGCUUAGUGGAGCAGACAUGUCAAAGUUACAAAAGGAAAUGGUAAAUAUGCCUCCUCCUGGAAAGUGGACCUGGAAUGAUGAAACACAAACCCUGGAGUUCACUUGUUCUAACAUCUCUGCUGGGAUUAAAAAGAAGAGAAAAGCCUCAAAAACACCUUCCUACCAGGAGCUUGUUAGGGAGCAUCUAGUCAAAAUUUCACAAUGCAAGUCUUCAGCCAGAGGAGGGAGCUCUGAUCAGAGGAAGAGUGUGAGACUUGCUGAGCUGAACGCUUACAAGGCCACUGCAGAAUGCUCACAGGAACGGGACUCCAUCACCAUUGAGGAUGUAAAACAAGUGGCAGUCUCGUUAAUGCAGGAGAAUGAAGCAUUGCCUAUUCCACUUUCCUUUGUGACUGUGAUCAAGAGUAAGGAGCUGGAUGCAUUUCUGGCUGCUCUUUUGCUGUAUCUUCACUGCUACUGGCAGAGGAAGGCUCUGGAGGAGAGAUCCAAGCCCCUCAGGGUGGAGCAGAGCGUGACAGAGCAGCAGAUGACAGCAGAAGCAAGCAUUAAACUAGAGCUGGCCAAGAAGCACCUGGCCGUCUGUUACUCCAGUCUGGUGCUGGGGCAGGGUCUUUCCCAACAGCACCACAUGGCCUGUGGCAGGAGCAGGGUGUCGUCCACUUACAGCGACAGGCAUCUGUAUGAGUGUCUGUACAGCUUCUUCUGCUAUGUGGCUUGGGUUACCUUUGGAAGGCAAGAUCUAAAAGGCAUUCAGAUUGAGAUUAAUCGCUUGCUUCGACCUGACACAUUCAAUUUUGCCCUGAGGGCUCAAAUGAAUGAAGCAGAUGAAGACGAGGAGAUCACCCAGGAAGAGAGUCAACCUAAGACCAUCCCAAGCAUCAGGAAGUCUCGGCACAAGCCAGGCCUAAUCUCUACAUUGACCCAGUGCUCACCUGUCAUGAUGUCCAUCCUGCCUUCAACACAAGAAAAAGCAUCUAAUUUGCGCCAGAGCUCCAGCCUUCACAAGCAGCAACCAAAUGAGCUCAUAGACACAGAUGUUCUAAUGGAGGAACUCAGCCAACAGCUGGCAUCGUGCAGCUUUGGCAUACUGGGAAAACCUCUGAGCCAAUUGAGACACAACCCAGUGGUGACCGAUGGAGCCAUGAAGGAGGAUGACAAGGCAGCCGAUGAAGACCAUUUCGAUGAUGACGACGAUGAAAAUUCGCUAACAAUUAAUAGAGGUAGGAAGACCACCUUUAUGCACCGGAGAUCUGGCAGGAUGACAGCAGAGAUGCGCAGCAGCAUGAGCCGGGCUCACACUGUGACCUCGAGAGCCACCACAGAGGCACCUUUGUCAGAUACAGAAUGAAGUAUUUUAUUUUUCUGUGUGCAUAUGUACGGAGGGUUAUAGUGUCUGUAUUUGUCUAGGGCUUAAAAUACUCAUAUCUGUUGUUGUAUUCAGAAACGGCAUGGUCUGUACCAAAAAGGAUUUUUCUUUAUGUUAAGCUGCUGCAAAAGAGAAGACACUGUUGCACCACAAAUUACAGCAUUAUGUUCUGCAAAUUGCAACUUCAUCACUUUAUUCAAGUCCAGAAACAGAUGCCUGUGUGAAAUGUUCUGUAAAGCUUCAGUCUAACGUGACUGAAUAAGUGAGCUAACUGUUUCGAAACAACACUUAGUCCUUUCCCAAUAUAAUUUUUAACAUAUGCAUGCUUUAUAAUAUUUGAAAAACACGUAAAAGAUGUUUGGAGAACAGACAAAGCUCUGUAGCUCUGUGCACUGUGUGAACUCUGUGGAGCAAGGACUCAAUAUACAGUAUUUUACAGUAUUUUAUGUAUCAUACAGUGUUUUAUUUUGGACCUCAGUUAGGCAGUCAGACGAAAACCGAAUAGGUCAUUUUCCAUUACAUUUAUCAUGCUCUUGUUUUAUGUUCUGCGAGCAGGGUUGCUAGAUUUUGUGUAUAAAACCUGUGUAAUGCAGAUAUACUGUACGUAUACCGCACAUCAGAAAUGUACACCAGUGUUAACUUGCUUGGAGGAAACUGCAGAGAAAAAUAAAAAAAUAUAUGUACUGUAUAUUCGUCCUACCUUUUGGUGUGAUCUUUG